AUGGUUUCCUGCUUCAACGACGAAACGCGCGCCCGCGGCACGCCGAAAGGCUUCUACGCGGCGCCACCGCCGCCAUCGUCGGCCCCACAGCCGGCGCCGUACAACACGGCUGCCCGCUCCGGCCCACCGGGCAAGGCCGAUAUCCUCGCGCGCCAGCUCGCCGCGCUGCCCCUCAUCGCGCUCCUCUAUACCGCCGCCGUCCCCUUCACGCCGGCUGCCUGGGUCCUGCACGUCGGCGGGAGCUCCCUCUUCGACCGCCUCUUCGCCGGGAUCGUCGUGCUCGCGGCGUGCUACUUCCAGUGGCGCGUCGCAGGGCUCACGGCACCCCUCGCUGUCUUCUUCCCGGGGGUGGGCGGCGGCGGCUCGACGGUCAGGAACGGACGGAUCGAGCGGGCGCCGGGCCCGGGUUUCGUCUGGCACCCCGACCACUACUGGCCGUACGCCAUCUGCGAGGCGGUGCUCCUGUGCGUCGCCGAGUUCGGGGGCAACGAGCUGCUGAGGCGGUACAUCAUCUGUGGCGUCCUCGGUGGACUGUGGCUCGUCGGGUACCACGCGACGCCGGAAUCUACGAGGCGCUGGGCCUAUGAGAACAUCAAGGGCUGGCUGUUCGGGAUGGUGCUGGACGGGAUGAUGCGUGUCGGAGGGAGGAGCUACAACGCACGGCGUCGUAGAUGA